GGACUACACUUCCCAGCAUGCGUGUUGGUCAAACAACAUGGUUGCGCACAACAUCAGCUGCAGGGGACUGUGUGCUUUGAUAUAUAAUUUGCAGCGAUGUUGAGUUUGUUUGUAAUUAUAUUGCUUUUCGUAAGUCGCGUGUCUACAUCGGAUGCUAAAGUCUCACAGAAUGCUCCCAGUCCCAGUGAGAGCUAUUUCAUAUCGAUAUGGCACAACAGGCUGUACUUGUAUUCAGCUGCUGCACUUGUCUUUGGGGUCUGGUUCUCACUGAAGAUGGCACUGAAGAAGAAGAAAAGUUUCCCCAAAGACGUCGGCUCAAUGGUCUACAAAGCUGUGAAUGGCAAUGACAGAGACACUGUGGUUCACGUGUCAGGAGUUAAAAUCUUCUAUGGCUCACAAACUGGAACUGCAAAGGUAUUUGCAAAAGAGCUGUCAGAGGAGGUGAAAACUUUGGGUAUACCAGCAGAGGUGAUUGACAUGAAAGACUACGAUCCAGAUGAUCGCCUUGCUGAUGAGUGUACCAACAAGUCAGUCUGCGUGUUCCUUGUGGCCACCUACACUGAUGGAGAGCCCACAGCGAACGCUGAGUGGUUCUGCAAGUGGUUGGAGGAGGCGUCCACUGACUUCAGAUACGGGAAGACCUACCUCAAAGGCCUCAGAUAUGCAGUGUUUGGUCUUGGCAACUCUGUCUAUGUUGGCCAUUAUAAUACGGUGGGUAAAAAUAUAGACAAGUGGCUUUGGAUGCUGAGUGGCAUGCGGAUCAUGACCAGGGGAGAGGGCGACUGUAAUGUGGUAAAGAGCAGUAACGGCAGCAUCCAGGCAGACUUCCUGGCCUGGAAGGUAAAGUUCCUGAAGCGCAUACAGGCCCUGGCCAAGGGUGAGAAGAAGAACUGCAGUGGGAACUGUAAGAGCGGAGGUUCCUGUAAGAACAAGAGGAAAGACGGACAGGAGGAGGAGGAGGCAGCUCUGCAGAAUAACCACACAGAGGAGGAUCUGAUUGAGUCCAGCAGUGACGAGGAGGAGUCUACUCUGCAAGAUGAGAAAAAAUCUGCUUCAGUGGUUGAUAUGGAGGAUCUGGGCAACCUCAUGAACAGUGCCAAGAAAGCAAAGAGCAAGGCGGACGGUCAAGGAGACGGCCAGAUGGUGAAGCUAUCCAAGUUGAACGGAGUGAAGAAGAUUGAAGAUGAAGGGGAAAGAAGAGAGAUGAUCACCCCUGCCCUUAGAGAAGCACUGACAAAGCAAGGGUACAAACUAAUUGGAAGUCACUCAGGAGUGAAGCUUUGUCGAUGGACCAAGUCUAUGUUGCGAGGGAGAGGAGGCUGUUACAAGCACACUUUCUAUGGGAUUGAGUCCCACCGGUGCAUGGAGACUACCCCCAGCCUCGCCUGUGCUAACAAGUGUGUCUUCUGCUGGAGACAUCACACAAACCCUGUGGGCACAGAGUGGCGCUGGAAGAUGGACCCUGCUGAGAAAAUCCUUCAGGAUGCCUUGGAGAAGCACCAGAACAUGAUUCGGCAGUUCAGAGGUGUCCCUGGAGUGAAACCUGAGCGGUACGAGGAGGGCUUGGCAGUCAAGCACUGUGCCCUCUCCCUCGUGGGUGAGCCGAUCAUGUACCCCGAAAUCAACACCUUCAUCCGCCUCCUCCACUCACAGCACAUCUCCAGUUUCCUGGUCACCAAUGCACAGUUUCCUCAGGAAAUCAGGAGCCUGGUGCCAGUUACCCAGUUGUAUGUUAGUGUGGACGCCAGUACCAAAGACAGCCUGAAGAAGAUUGACCGGCCACUUUUCAAGGACUUCUGGCCCCGCUUCCUGGACAGCCUCAGGGCUCUGGGAGAGAAGAAACAGAGGACGGUGUACAGACUGACGCUGGUGAAGGCCUGGAAUGUGGAGGAGAUGCAGGCCUAUUCGGAGCUCAUUGCGUUGGGCCAGCCAGACUUUGUUGAGGUCAAGGGAGUGACGUACUGUGGGGAAAGCUCUGCCAGCAGUCUGACCAUGGCUAACGUCCCAUGGCACCAGGAAGUGGUUGCCUUUGUCCAGCAGCUGGCUGACAUGCUGCCUCAGUAUGAGAUCGCUUGCGAACAUGAGCACUCCAACUGUUUACUCAUCGCACACACCAAGUUCAAGGUAGAUGGCGAAUGGUGGACAUGGAUCGACUAUGAGCGUUUCCAGGAGCUCGUCCGGGCUCACGAGGAGAGUGGGGGACAGCAGAGCUUCUCAGCCUUAGACUACAUAGCUAAAACUCCCAGCUGGGCUCUGUUCGGAGGCCAUGAGCAAGGUUUUGACCCCGCAGACACGCGUUUCCAACGACGCAACAAAACCAAAGACAUUUCAGGAUGCUGAUAAAUGAGAGAGAGAGAAAGAGAGGUAGGAUGAAUAGAGCGAGUGCUGAUCUCUAUAGCAAAAAUAAUUUUAAAAAGUAGCUUUCAAUGUUUCUUUUCCCUUUAGAGUUUCAAAGCUUUCUUUUGCUGGACAGCUUUUUUACUGUCCACAGCUGCCAUUCUCAUGUAAACUUAACUCUUUCUCCCUCUUUUCAUUUUACUUCAAUUUGGAUCAUUCAUUUUAUUAGCUUGACCCUCAAUAUCAGCCAAAACUGCUUGAAUCAGUUCAUUUACACUAGGUUUCCAGAUAUAUUAGUGGUUUUGAUUUGUGUAACCAUCUGGUACACUACUUAGGAAGGCUUACACGGCUAAAGCUGAACACCUUUGCUCAUUAUCCUAUUGACAAUGGUUGUAUGAACUUGGCAGUCAGUGCCUGGAAGGUAGAAAAUAGUUACAAAUCAAACAUCAUAAUAUAUUUAUAAGUAUGACAACAUUUUGGGUAAGACGGUUACUGCUUUUGUAGCAUUUUAGCUAAUCUAGGGGUGGAUAAUAUAGUUUCAGAAUUAAAAAACAUCAUCAGUACUUCUAAUUUAAUAAAAUUGGUAGAGGCACUAAAACUGAUAAUAUUGCGUCACUGUUUUGUAAUGCAGUUCAAGAAUUAUUAAAUCAAAGUUUGAGCUGGAAAAAAAUUGCAAUCACCAUAUUCUCAGACAAUGUCAAGUCUUAUAUUAUGUCAGUUCAUCUUCCAGCUCUUAGUUAAAUACACACAAUACUGGCCUCAAAAUAAAUAAACUGCUAAUGUUAAACAUGUUUAAAAUAUUAAUUCAACCCCCAAAUGUAUGUAGUUUGAUCUGUAGUCACCAUCCAGGUUAAGGUAAUGAGUAUGAAAAACAGCAUACCUGUCAAACUCAUGUAUGCCUCCUCAAGUCCAGCAUGCCAGAAUAAAGCCUCGACUGAUAUUUUAUUUAAAAAUCAACGCCAUUUUAAUUUGUUUUUUAUUUGAAUGUAAAUCCUGAUUUAAUCAUUUACGUGAUUUGUUUUGUAAUGUCUCAAGUGUUGCAGUGUCUCCCUUUUUGGAGAAACUUCAGGUGUGUGGAUAUAUCACUUCAAUAAAUGUAUUUGGAAUACUC